AUGAGCAGGACAAACCGCCCUCCUCUGUCGGUGUCCAAGCUGGUCCGUUUAAUGAAGAAGCCAGGCCGUGAAGACAAGAUUGCUGUGGUAGUUGGAACAAUCACUGAUGACAUCCGCAUCCAUGCACUGCCAAAACUUAAGAUAUGUGCCCUGCGUAUCACUGAUCGUGCACGUGGCCGCAUUCUGAAAGCUGGAGGCGAGAUUCUGACCUUUGACCAACUUGCUCUGCUUGCCCCCAAGGGACAGAAAACUGUCUUGGUUCAAGGUCCACGCAAGGCUCGCAAAGCCUUCAAGCACUUUGGAUUGGCUCCGGGUGUGCCCCACAGCCACACUAAGCCUAUUGUUCGCUCCAAGGGUCGCAAGUUUGAGAGAGCACGUGGUCGCAGAAAGAGCAGAGGAUACUAG